UCUACAGCAUGAUUGUCUCAGAAAGAACAUCGAAACCUUUUUCAUGAUAUGGGAGGAUGGAUCUAGUGGGCUGGCUAUGCUGGAUGAACUAUGGCCAGCCUGAUUGUGAAUUGUCAUGAGCUGCUUGGUUUGUCUUGGAGGAAUUUGUGCUUCAUAAUUUCUAUAUUAAGGAAGCGAGCUUUUGUUGCAGAGUCAAAAGUGGACAGUUAUGAUGCAGAAUUAUCAUCACUCAAGCUUCAAAUAAAAGAGUUGAAUGAGAAGUUAGAUGGUGUAAAUGAAAGGGCCAAAUCUUUUGAGAGAGAAGCAAAGAUACUGGAGCAGGAGAAGAUCCAUUUGGAGCAGAAGCAUGUAUCUGAGUUCAAAGGGUUUGAUCAAGUACAGGAAAGGUGUAUAAUUGCUGAAAGAGAAGCUAGUAGAGCAACUGAAGUAGCUGAUAAAGCUCGGGCUGAAGCAGGUACUGCUCAAAAGGAAAAGAGUGAGAUGCAGAGGUUGGCAAUGGAACGAUUGGCGCAGAUUGAGAGAGCUGAGAGGCAAAUUGAAAAGGGUUGCUCAGACCCAAUUUGGGAGAGGCAUAAGAAUGAUUUGGCAGAUGAGAAUAUGUGUAUCAGAGAUAGAUGCUGUUCAAAAGUUGCACUAUUGGAGGCAAGAGUAGAGGAAAGGGAGAGAAAUAGAUUCAUUAUUGACGUCGAACAAUGGCAAAAGGUCUACUACAGUACAAGCCCUUCAGAGUCUUCUGGACACUGA